AUGAUAUGCUUCGCUGCAUGGCCUACGGAUUCCGAUAUAGAAUACUUUGCGAGCAUUGCCUAUGAUAUAAAUGUAGAAGGAAACUUCACAUUCUUGGUCGCAUCGCUACAGAAGGAUGAGUCUUACUCUGAGGGACUCCGAAGCGACACACUGUUUGCUGGUACGAUUACUGUGACUGUGAUGCUGGUAGUAGCAAUGGUCACGAUAAUUUUCUGUGCAAGACGAAUUACAGCCACAGUGAAGAAAAACGCCUCCAUCAGCACUCGUCGUCUUGAUAUGCAGCUACGCAAAACGCUAUUUGCCCAGGUGAGUAUAAUCCAAAUAGUCAAGUAG